AUCGCGGGCUCUUAUCGAAGAUCUGGUUUGCUCGCAGAUUUGGUGAACCGGUGUGCCGCGACCCGAUACUUCUGUUUCGUCUACCACUCGAUUUGGGCCGGUCGCGUCGGCGACGCUGCUCGAGAAAGCCGUCGUGCUUCGGGGAAUUCCACCGCCAGCUCGCUAUCGCUAUGGCAUCCGCCGACAAUCACAAUUCCAUAAAAUCAGUGGCAGUUGUUGGUGGUGGAGUCAGUGGACUUGCUGCUGCGUACAAACUCAAGUCAAAUGGUCUAAAAGUAACCCUCUUUGAGGCUGAAGAAAGAGCAGGAGGAAAAAUAAAAAGCUCUUCAGAGAAUGGUCUCAUAUGGGACGAAGGGGCAAACACUAUGACAGAAAGUGAAAGGGAGGUUGGGAGGUUGAUUGACCACCUUAGUCUUCGAGAAAAGCUACAAAUUCCUGUGUCCCAAAACAAGCGGUAUAUUGUGAGGAAUGGAAUGCCACAGCUGAUUCCACUGAAUCCGGUUGGGCUGAUCAUGAGUAACAUCCUUUCUGCUAAAUCAAAGGCAAGAAUAUUUCUAGAACCACUUUUGUGGAAAAACUCAGGCGGAAAGAAAUCCUCAAAAGUUUCUGAAGAAAAUUUGCAGGAAAGUGUGGGGCAGUUCUUUCGACGUCAUUUUGGAGAAGAGGUUGUUGAUUAUCUAAUUGAUCCUUUUGUGGCUGGCACCAGUGCUGGAGAUCCCGAAUCACUCUCUGUGCAACAUGCAUUUCCAGAGUUAUGGAAUCUGGAAAAGAAAUAUGGUUCACUCUUUAUUGGAGCUAUCCGGUCCAAGCAAAACAGUGGAAGCAAAGAAAACAAGGCAAGAGAAGGUUCUUCGGGGAAGAAGAGACACCAACGUGGUUCAUUUUCAUUUUAUGGUGGAAUGCAGACACUUAUCGACAAGCUGUGUGAGGAAGUUGGUGUCGAUAAUUUGAAAUUAAACUCAAAGGUGUUAUCACUAUCUUGUAGCUUUGAUGGCAGCACACCAUUGAGUAGUUGGUCAAUUUCUUAUGCUACAAAUGAUGCAGACACCAAGGAGCUAAAAAAAGACCAAUCUUUUGAUGCAGUUAUAAUGACGGCUCCACUUCGCAAUGUUCAGGAGAUGAAAUUCACCAAAGGGAGAAACCCUUUUUUGUUGGACUUUCUCCCCAAGGUGAAUUAUUUGCCAUUAUCUGUCAUGAUUACCUCUUUUAAAAAGGAUAAAGUCAAACGGCCUUUGGAAGGUUUUGGAGUUCUUGUCCCUUCUAAAGAACAAAAGAAUGGUUUCAAAACCCUUGGUACACUCUUUUCUUCCAUGAUGUUUCCUGAUCGAUCUCCCCAUGAUCAGUAUCUGUAUACCACAUUUGUUGGGGGAAGUCGUAAUAGAGAUCUCGCCGGCGCUUCAUUGGAUGAGCUGAAACAAAUUGUGACUUCAGAUCUGAGAAAUCUGUUGGGUACGGAGGGGCAACCAACCUUUGUGAAGCAUAUCUACUGGAGAAAUGCUUUUCCAUUGUAUGGUCACGAUUAUGAUUUAGUCCUGGAAGCUAUAGAGAAAAUGGAGGAAAAUCUACCUGGGUUCUUCUAUGCAGGCAAUCAUCGAGAUGGAUUAUCCGUAGGGAAAGCUGUAACUUCUGGGUGCAAAGCAGCUGAUCGUGUAGUCUCUCAUCUCAAUUCUUGUAUCAAGCAGGAUUCCACCUGAUGUGGCAUAUUAGGGCUGAAACGUUACGUUUCACUUUUGUCAAUCUCCAUUGUGUUAUUUUACUUGAACAUCCAUAGCACUUGAUCUGAUGAUUUUGGAAGCAAAACUUCCUCCACCUGUC